AUGCCCACGAUGUUUAAACCGGUGAAGAAAGCGCUUCUUUUCGUGAAGCUCGUCGGCUACACGCUGGGAAUGUAUGUGGACUUUUUCUCGCGCAGCUAUUACACGAAAAAGAUAUCCACCAGCCCUGCCAGUAAGAAUUCUGACGCCGAAACGAUCAACAUUGUAAUCAUCGGCGCAUCAUUUGCUGGAUACCAUGCUGCCCGACUGAUUGCAUCGGCGCUCCCAACCGACGGGCCGUACCGCCUGAUCAUCAUCGAGCCGAACCGUCACUGGCAUUUCACAUGGACUCUGCCACGAUUCUGUGUCAUUGGGGGACAUGAGGCGAAGACUUUCAUCCCCUACGGCCCCUAUCUUCCUGCCGACUCUGCGCCCAUCGUGCGUUGGAUCCAUGAUCGUGCAUCAACUAUUGACGAGAAGACGGUCACAAUUCAAGGGACAGGCGAGAAGAUUUCCUAUGACUUUAUGGUAGUUGCAACAGGAUCAGGUGCUGGCAUGUCUCUGCCAUCAAGGGUGGGCUCAACAGAAAAGGCCGAGGGUGUACGGCUUCUGCAAGAGUUUCAGCAGCGCAUCAAGGCUGCUAAGCACCUGGUUGUUGUUGGUGGCGGCGCUGCUGGUGUUGAACUUGCGACCGACGCCAAGGACCAGUAUCCCGAGAAGAAUGUUACUUUGGUUCAUUCUAGAGACGCUGUUAUGAAUCGUUUUGGUCCCGAGCUUCAAGCUGGAGCUCAUGAGGGUCUGAAGGACCUUGGUAUCGAAGUCAUUCUAGGCGAUCGAACAACUACUGAUGCUCCAGUCGACGGGUUCGUCACACUUCGCUCUGGUCGCAAGGUUGAAUGUGACUUUCUGGUCAACGCCGUUGGCCAGCAACCGUCGUCUCACUUGGUCAGUCAGCUAGCACCUGAAGCUGUUGCCAAGUCAGGUCGCAUUAAAGUAAAACCUACUAUGCAAAUUGAUGUCGACUCCCUUCCCAACAUCUACGUUUGCGGUGAUGUUGCGGAGGCAGGGGUCACAAAUCCCAACGGACGAGCCGCCAUGAAGCAGGCCAUAUUUGCUGCGGACAACCUUGUGCUCGCUCUCCAAGGAAAGAAGCCCUCGAAUCUUUAUAGCCCUGCGUGGGCUGAUGGAGUCAUUAAAUUGACUCUUGGUCUGCACAAGUCUAUUACAGCCUUUGGAAGCGGAGACACCGAGCUGCUUUUCCGUGGAAAGGAGACGGAAAUUACUCUGAUGAUCGAAAGAGCAUGGCUAAAUAUGGGUGUCAAGCCGUAUGAAGAUAACAGUGAUGUGCCUGGUCACACUCAGGAAACUGCAGCGGACAAGGCGCGGGAACUUGUCAACGACGCCGUUUAG